AUGACCGUCCUCUCCAAAGAGGCUCUUAACAAACAGUGCUUGGAUGGCGUCCUGGGCAUCCAGAUUGUGGGCCGAACUCUAAUGUUCUACGUUUUGCUACUGCCUGCAGAAGGCAUUUACACGUUGCUACAACUGGCAGAAGUCAAGAUCCCGGACAGUCUGCAGAGUCCAUCGUAUCUUGUCAUGGAUGUAUCGAAUACCUUGUCUAUGAUAGGCGUCUUUGAUCGCCUGUGUGUGUGCUCCAAUAACCAACAGAUUAUCAUUGAUCGCAAGACGCCCACCGUACCUUUGUAUGUGCUUCAACAAAUUAUUUUCUAUAUCAAAGGAUCGAAAGCGACAAUGCCAUCUCAAACGUCGACAUAA